AUGCCGAGCAGCGGCUGGCUGUCAUCCAUCCGAAGGAAUCUUGGUAGUGACAACGCCACGACUGCUGACGUCGUUAAAAUUCAAAACGUUGGUGGGGAUGGUAGCAACGUAAAUUUCAAAGUCUGUAACGUUAACAACGUCUCAAAUGACUUACAUAAUUCGCACAAUAAACGUUACGUCGACUCGAACAUUCGCCCUGACGGCAAAAAGGACAUCCCCAACGAUGUUUGCCGUGUCUACAAAAGAGGCAACGAUGUCCGCACGGACGAUCGGGACCUUAUCGGCCGGAGAACGUCCCCGCUGGACGGCAGUCACGAUGAGGUGACGACAACCGCCCCCGCCGACCGUAGGGUCAAUCAUGUGACGGGGGCGGUAAUGAACCAGCGCGAUAAACUCCGGCGGGAGGGAGAAAACUCGAGAAUUCCCUCCGCUUUGUGGGUUCAGCCUCCUGCUGGGUCAAGGGGCCAGCCUCCCGCUGGGUCAGGGGGCCAGUCUCCCGCUGGGUCAGGGGGCCAGCCUGCCGCUGGGUCAAGGGGCCAGCCUCCCGCUGGGUCAAGGGGCCAGCCUCCUGCUGGUCCACAGUUCCAGGAUCUGCGAGACCACACAUCGUGGGAGGCUACGUCUCAAGACCUCCCCAUGCAAGUGUGGGGAACGGUGCCUCCUCCCAAGUCUCUUCUGAACAGACCAGAACAGACGGGAACCGAUAGACACAGACCGGAGCUGCUGGAAGACGAUAGGUCCAAACUUUACCAGGAAGACCCCGCUUUGUCUCCUGAAGGUGAAUUAGGAGAAACUCGUUCCACAUCCACUUCUCCCUCACCUUCAAUAUUUCAGAGGCCAGCGAUCCUGCCUCUGUACACACAAGUUGCUCGACCCUCCCCAGCUGCCAGCGGGGCUCUCACCCCCAUGUUCGAGAACGACCCCAAGCGAGUGCGUUUCGUCGAACCCAGGAUGAGUGCCCCCCACGGUCCCAGGCCCUGCAGCGCCAGCUCCCAGUACUCCGACGUCGUGAAGAACUCAGCUCGAUACCAUUACCCAUCGUCGCAGACGCUGCUGGAGACGAUGAGUCAUCAUGAUCCACGAUCCUGUCACUGUCCCUGCCAUUUCCUGCCGUCCGUCGGCCGCCGCUCGGUGGCCGUGCAAGCAUGGCCGCGGUACUUCAACGGCCGUCAGAUGGCCGGCCGUACGCCCGCGCUACGGCCGCGGCACUCGAGGCUGUUCUUCUGGCCCACCCUGCGGGAGCUGCGCUGCCUUACCCCUGCCGCCGCGGCGUCCGCCGUGCUACUGCGGGUGCUGCUCUCACAGGUUGGGGUGGCGGUGGUGCUGGGGUUGUGGUGGUGGGGAGGGGCGUUGGUGUUCUCAGCACUGGAGGCCCCCCUGGAGGAGGGGGUCGUGGCGCGGGUGGCCAAGCUCAGGUCGCAGGUCGUCAUCGAGCUCGCCACCGACCUCAGGAAGGUGGUGCCACAGGAAGCCACAUGGCUCGCCAAGAUUACUGAGUACGCCGAAAAGUUGGAGGCUGCCACAUUAGACGCCACACGCGCCGGCUACGCCACACGCGCGCCACACUGGACCGUGUCCGGCGCCCUGCUCUACGCGGCAUGCCUCACGUGCCUAAUGGGUCCUAGCGGGGCUGUGGUGCGCAGCGACAUGACGCGGCUGCUGUCGCUGCCCUACAGCCUGGUGGGGAGCAGCCUGCUGUUGUUGCUGUCCAUCAGUGCUGCACAUCUCCUACGGGAGCUCCUGGGCAGCCUUUGGCGCUGCAGGAGUCGAAAAAUCCGUGACCGAAAUCCUCCUUCAGUGCCUGUAGACGUGAGCCCAGCUCCCAAAGUCCCUCGUCAGGACAGAGUGCACGUCAUCAAAGCUGUGGGCUUAUCUAGGGUCCUCGCCCUUGAUGACAUGCUCGACGAGGGUGACGAUGUUACUGGGUCCUGCCGCUCGCUUGACGAUGUAACGUCAGCCGUAGACCAACGUAUCGCAGACCCCUUAUCCUGGAGACACGAGCCCAGAAGGGCUUUGCAGACCCCAACUUCCUCCAGCAGGAGUGGAUAUGUGCCAACAAUAGCGUCCCGUGACCAAAAACACCCUAAUUACAAUGGGGUUCUAAACCCUAGCGUGGUUUUCGACCCCUCCUUAGACCCCAAUUGGUUACCACGCGCCAGGGUCGGUGCUCCAACCCUGGUUUUUAUAACCUUGCUGGUCGUACACUGCGGGUUGUGGGUAGCCCUCUUGUCGGUGGUGUUUGAGGUACCAUACGCGUCCAGCAUCCAGAGGGUGCUGAGCACCGUGCUGACGCUGGACGCUGGCAGCUGGCACGUCAAUGACCUCCCUGACGUGUGGCUGUGCUGCUGUUUUCCGCUGUUCCUCGUCACGUCGCAUGUGCUGACGAUGGCCCUUCUGUUGUCGUGCUGGCCCUGCGUCAGCAACUUCUUCAGGUACACGGGCAAGGAACUCAGCGUCACUACGCCCGUUAUGCUGCGCUCUUGAAAGGCGAAUGAUUUCAAGGAAAAGAUUUCCUGGAAUGACUUUGAAUAAAUCAUUAAAAGGAACAAGUUUAGGGAAAUUAUUUUAAGGAUAUGAUUCAUAUGAUUUACUGCAGCUUACGUAUAAGGCCAGUGACGCUGCGAUGCUGCGGGUGCCAAAUGUUAUGGUGUGGGUGAUGUUGUUUCGGAGUUUUCUACAAAUGGCGCAUACAUGGCUAAUGCCAUAAACAGCCAUGUGGCUCAACGUUCCGCGUGGCACAAUGUGCGACAAAGCAUGAUGCCGUAUGGCGUCAUCGUGCCGCCAUGAUGACAUGAUCAUCAAAUUCAUUACUCCUUCCUUUGCUGAGGAAUCUCCUCCACUGGCCAAGUACGGCGCGUGCGGACAUAAUGUGAUGACACGUGUCUCGUGUACACGUAGGCUGGGACGUUGCUGUAUUGAAAGGUUCGACUGCUUAAAAUAAAAAAUAUUGCAACGAAAUAUUUUUGGCUCUCCAAUCAAGUGGAGUAACACUGUACACUCCACCUGAGCCUCAUGAAUAAGGCUCGAAGCGGUCCCUCGAGAAUCGAAAUGGUUCCCCAAGACAUCAACGUUACAUUGUCUCUAUAACGUUUAAUUAACAUAUGCAUGAAGUCAGAUGAGCAAAUAAGUUAUUCUGACAGUUGUUAUUAUCUGUGUCUAGGUUAGAAUCGUUAUCAAUAUUGUUCUGUAAGAAAUAAUUUGAAAUUGAAUGAAGCAAUCUAUUGUAAGUUUAACACAGGAUAUUACAAACCAAUUUGAAAAAUAUUUACGCUUUAUUUAUAUUGUGUAGCCAAGGUAUGAAAUGAUAACUCUCGUACAAAAAGGGAAUUGAAAAUAUUCUCUUUGUCUUUGAGCCAAUAAUGCAACUUAUCAGGUAGAUACUCAAUUCCUAAUAAAUUACAUGGAGUAUGGAUUUUUAAAUAAGGAUUUAAAUAUAUACAUUAACACUACGAGUGCCGUAAGAUCUACCAAGGUUGCCAGAUGUCGUAAAAACAGAGUAGCCCCGCUAUUAAAUUGCAUCCUAUUCAAUAUUUACCUAUAAACUUGUAGGUUCUGGUGUAAAAAUAAAAACAAUUUUCCUUUUUUCUUAGUUUUUCGAAUACAUCAGCGAAGUAAUGUCAUAAUCAAUUUUUACCGGCCAUCACAGUUGAAAAAAAUAUAUCGCGGAUUAUGUCCGGACUCACCGGUGGAUCGUUCAGCACCCAACAUAAUUUGCCUUAGCCAAGCAUAUCAGUGCAGUUCAAUCUUUGUUUGUGAACCAUUUUUCAAUCUGUAUUUUAAGGAACGUUUACAAAUUAUAUGUUAGUAGCUAUAAGUUGACACAUCACUUGAGCCACCAGUCUUAAUAGAAGUGUCGGCGUUGAAG